AUGACCUCCCUCGAGUCAAAUCUGUCGCCUGCGGCAUUGGAAAUCCUUCCGAAUAUAUUGGCGGCGAUUGGCCAGACGCCUAUGGUGCGGGUCAAUAAUAUCGGCAAGAAGUCGCAUUUGCAAUGCGAAUUACUGGCUAAAUGUGAGUUUUUUAACGCUGGUGGGUCGAUCAAGGAUCGUAUCGGGAAGCGCAUGGUAGAAGACGCCGAAGCUGCGGGUCUUAUUAAACCUGGAGAUACGCUCAUCGAGCCCACUUCAGGCAACACUGGCAUUGGAUUGGCACUCGCUGCAGCUAUCAAGGGCUACCGUUGCAUCAUCACACUCCCAGAAAAGAUGAGUCUUGAAAAAGUGAAUAUAUUAAAAGCUUUGGGCGCUGAGAUUAUUCGUACGCCGACGGAGGCUGCAUGGGACUCACCUGAGAGUCACAUUGGUAUUGCCAAGCGUCUACAGGCCGAGCUUCCAAAUUCACAUAUUUUGGAUCAGUAUACUAACCUUUCAAAUCCACUUGCGCAUUAUGAUGGUACGGCCGAAGAAAUUUUGGAUCAAUGCGACGGCAAAGUUGAUAUGGUCGUGAUGGGUGUUGGCACGGGUGGCACAAUUUCCGGGGUUGCUAAGAAGCUUAAAGAAAAAUGCCCUGAUGUGAUCAUUGUCGGUGUUGAUCCAGAAGGAUCGAUUCUUGCUCAGCCUGAUUCAUUAAAUGACACGAAUCGUCUUAAACCAUACAAGGUGGAAGGGAUUGGGUACGAUUUUAUUCCGGACGUGCUCGACCGCAGCUUGAUUGACAAAUGGGAGAAGACAAAUGACCAGGAGUCAUUUAUUAUGUCGCGUCGACUGAUUCGUGAGGAAGGUUUGCUCUGCGGAGGUUCCAGUGGAUCUGCUAUGGCAGCUGCAGUUCGCGCUGCUUCAAAUCUUAAGCCUGGACAGCGUUGUGUUGUCAUUUUAUCUGAUUCGACACGCAAUUAUAUGUCGAAAUUCUUGAAUGAUGCGUGGAUGUACGAGAACAAUUUUGUGGAAAAUACAGUGCACACACACGAAAAUUAUUCCAAGUAUCGCAAAGAGACAAGUACGUGGUGGUCAGAGCAGCUUGUGUCUGCCCUGGACCUGCCGACCCCUUUAACGGUAUCACCACACCUUUCAUGUGCUGCUGCUAUUGAGACAAUGGAGAGUCACGGCUAUGAUCAACUGCCUGUUGUAAAGGAGAACGGCACUGUACUUGGCGUGGUAACCAUCGGUAAUUUAUUGUCAAGACUGUCUUCUGGUCGUGUUUUGCGUACGGAUCCCGUUGCAGCAGUUACUUUUGGGAAUUUUAGCAGCUUGACGCAUGAGAGCUCAUUAGCUGAGCUUGCCAAUAUCUUUGACAAGGAUUACUUUGCAGUCGUCACUGCUGCAGAUGGAAAAAUUAGUGGUUUGGCUACGCGAAUUGACCUACUAAAUUACAUUACUAGUGCCCAUCGAGACUGA